AUGCCCAUUCUUGCAGGAAAACGCCGUCGCUCAGGGCUGCAGGAGGGGCCGCACAACAAAAAGUCCCGGUAUGACGAUAUCGAGCCGUGCAGUACCAAUUCAGUCUCUGAACCUGAAGUCAAGGAUGCUCAUAAAAGAAAGCGACAGAGAAAGCGUACGAAAGGAUUGCGGGAAUUGAUCAAGAACAAGGAUAAUCUUCCACCGGGGUGUACCGCAGAAAAGAUCAGGCGUUUUGCACGAAGAUUUGGUACGGUUGUUGAGGUUCGGAUACCGAAGUCAUCGUCUAGGCCAGUGUCGUCCAGUGUAGGAGUUGUUGAUGUUGGCAGGCAUUUGCGUUCUUUUGCAUUUCUUCAGUUUACUGAACCAGAGGCUUGUCAACGCUUGUGUGAGGCAUUUCUUCUCAAAGCUUCGCCGGAAAAGAAAAAGGAGGAAUGUCCAUCGUUGACCCCACUUCUUCAACGUCUUCUCUUCCAUAUCAGAGCCUUAUCAAAACUUCGGCGGAGGCGUACUUAUGCACAAAAUGUAUUGCUGAUGAAGUUGAGAAGACAGCAGGCAGCUAUUAUAAAGAUGGAACGAACAGCGAACAAAAGGACAUCAAAAAUUUCACGCUCAAUCAGCCGUGACAAAGCCUCUGUUGCAGAAGGGCAGAGCAAUGGAAAAGCUGUGUCAGACAACGGUCGUGUUGAUGGUGAACAUGAUGUUUCCAUUUCCAACUC